AUUUCUUUUAUCUGAGGGAGAGGUUUUGAUUUUUAUAAAGUAUUUGAUUUACCUCUUUUUUAUUUUUAUUUUUUAUUUUUUUAUUUAUGUGACAGAUAGAGUCACAGGCAGUGAGAGAGACAGAGAGAAAGGUCUUCCUCCUGUUGGUUCACUCCCCAAAUGGCCACAGUGGCUGGAGCUGCACCAAUCCGAAGCCAGGAGCCUGAUGCCCCUUCCUGGUCUCCCAUGUGGGUGCAGGGUCCCAAACACUUGGCCAUCUUUUACUGCUAUCCCAGGCCACAGCUGAGAGCUGGACUGGAAGAGGAGCAACUGGGACUAGAACCGGUGCCCAUAUGGGAUGCCGGCACUGCAGGCGGAGGAUUAACCUAGUGCGCUAUGACACUGGCCCCUUGAUUUACCUCUUGGUUGAUCAAUUUUAUAGUGAAAUGAUAGGCAUCAUGAACUGAUGCUUCUAGUCCCAGAUCAGAGAGAAUUUAGGUAAGUUAGUUUCCUUUCUAGAACUCAUUUUCCUAUCUAUAUUAAGAAAGAGCAUGCUAUUUAAAUUACCUAUACCAUCUCUUCCAGUACUGACUUCCUAAAAAUUCACGCGCCUGCUGAAAACAAAAUUAAAUCCUCCUUUUAAGCACAACAGGAAUAAAUACUCAUUAGAAAGAAAUGUCUGCAUAUUUAUUUAUCCUUGGAUAAUAUGCCUUCUGUGGUAAUUGUUCCCAAGAUACUAUAUACAAGAUAAUAGGUAACUUUAAGGUUUGGGCCAAUUAUUUCUUGCUCUUUACUUUUAACAAGUCAAACCAAUAACCAAUUGACAGAGACAAUCUCAAGGAAUAGACUUCGAGUUUGAAUUUGGAUUGGAUUAGAUUCUUUGCUCAGAUUCUCAAGCCAGGGGUCUCCCUGACUUCCUUUCUUUCUCUUCUUUAUCUUUAUUCUUCCUGGAAACAUUUUUGAUUGCUGUAGAAAUGUGGGGGAGGGGACAAUGCUUUUGUCCUCUACUGGGUAAUGGCCAAGAAUGCUGGUAAGCACACUACUACGAGGCACAGGAUAGCCCCCACAACAAAGAAUUCUGCAGUCUAUCUGUCAAUAGUGCCAUUGUUUAGACUCCCUGCAGUAAACACAAAUGUGUUUAAAACUAAACCUAGAUUCUGGGCUGUGUUUUCAACAGAAUUUCUGUGUAAGUCAUUGAGUUUUCCUACUUGAGAAAGGCACUGUCUUCCUUUGAUGAGUUUCUUCUUACCCAAAGAAGCCAAGUAACAAUGAUCAGAUAAGGUGUUAAAUCCUUUGGAAAAAGGAACUGCACGCCUCACCUUUAGCUUUAAGAGACCCAUAAGCUCAAGAGCUAAUAACGUGAACUUUAUACCCCUGGGCAGUAUGUGAGGACUCCAAAAGUCAGCAGAAAGUAGAGCAAUAGUGACAGCUCCUCUGGCUGCUUUCUAGCACAAUAAAUGUGCAGGAGCCUAUCACCUGCAGAGUAGGCACAACAAAAUACACAUGUCCCUCUAGUACCCAGGCUGUACCUUUGUGUUACACCUUCUCUGUAGUUCACAGUAUUAAUAACAAGACUUGGUCUUCUACCUGAAAAAUAAUUGACCUUUCAGCUUAACCUAAAUAAAUAGGUGUGAUCUGUAGAACAGACAGAUCUAUUAUCCUUUAAAACAUUCUUUAACUUUUAAAUAUUGAAAGGUAUUUACAUUUAUAAUGGUAAAGCUGAAAACAAUCUAAAAAUCCAAUACUUAGAAAGUACCUAAAUUGAGGACAACACUCUUGAUGGACUACUACUUAGACAAUUAAGUUUGUAUUUGUGGACACUAUUAUAUAAUAUAGAAAAAAUGUAACAGUGAAAAGAAUAGUGUAUAAAGUUAAAUAUAUGUCUACAAAAUUGAAAAUAAAGUUAUUCAUAGUGAAAAAUAGAAAUAAUGUCAGAACCGCAGUAAAGUUAUAGAAAUACCAUAUUUCUAAAGAUUAUGCAGUACAAUUUUAAGGCUUGAUCAAAGAAAAGGGACUCCUAGGGCCACCAACAAAGGAUAGAAAAUGCAACUCAUUACUAUGGUGCACAACAAAAAGCUUAUUCUCAUUGAUAGCAGAUGAGAGGAUAAGUUUUUGUCGGCAUUCAUUUCAAGUAACUGAAUAUGAAUUUGCCUUUUUAGCUACACAGGAAAAAGUGUUGAAUAAGUAUUUCUCUUUGUCUUUUCAAAGACUGGGAAUAGAAAAAAAAAAAACUAGAAAUAUGUUUGACUUUAGGACAGGAGUAAAGAAAAUUCUUUCUUCUUGUUGCCUUUUUUCCAAAUUUUCUUUUUGUUGAUCAUUACCUUGAUAUAUGAAAAUCCAACAAUUCAACACAUAAUUCUAUUACUAGACAAAAGAAAGAAAGAAGUAAUAAAGUUUGCUGAAGGAAUAUUGACUGAAAAUCAAUCUAUCACUGCUUGUCUAGAGGGAAAACAACGAGAACAGAGGAAUAGAAAAGGGAGAAAAGCACACAAAAAUCCUUACUCUGGAAAUAAAAGAAAUUGAUUAUCAGAUCAAAGAAACUUUUGUCUUCAAAAGAAGAUUGUAGCAGAGGAAGGGAAAAAUGAAGAAAAGACCAGGGAAGCUUUUCAAUAUUAAAAAAAUUUCUUUAGAGAAAUCUGCUGAGGCCUGCCAGCAGGAGGAAAUGUAGUUCUUCCACUGGUGGAGCUUUCUCUAUAGGCUUUUGCUUAAAAAGCUCAGCAGGGAUGUACAGAACAAGACAAAAAGCCAAAACAAAGCAGCAUCCUAGACGCGUGAAGCUUUCCUCUCCAAGGUCAGUGAGAUUUCACAACUGACAAAUUCCUCUAAAGCAGCUGGCGGCCCUUUCUACCAUUAUCACAAAUAAAUGAAAGUAGCAGACCCAUUUCAAAGCUUCAUUUCCAUUUGAGACACCAGUAUUUUUAACGACAAUGGUAUUUUCCAAAUAUGAUAUGUGGAUGAUCAUGUGAUAGGUGAACAAAUUAUUUAUGCUCCAAGUAUUGUCAGUGAACCCCCAUUGUCUCAUCAGCAAAAAAAAAAAAAAAAAAGUUACUGAAACAACAAUGACAAAUAGAAAACCUCCCCAUUUUCCCUUCCUUGUGAAUGUGCGAAGAAAACACCUGCCAGUUUCAGUCCUCCAAAAAUGGUUUUAAUAUAAGGUCACAGAAAAUUCAAACGUUUUAUGGCCCACUGUAAAUCAGCUCUUUCUCUCUUCCCACUAAUUCCCUAGUGUCACAUUUAACAAAACAAGGAAACUACAGAUAGUAGAGGUGUUUGCAGAUUAGCUUUCCAAGCCAUAAAUAACAUGAGGUUUUGCUCACCCACAAAUAUUAAGGCAGCUUAUCAAUGUUUAAGCCCCUUCCUCUUUGUGAUGGUUGCUAACAUUUUAACCAGACAAACUGAGAAUUUUUCUUUCCUGUCUUCUUAAAUUGACAGAGUACACAUUCAUAAGAUUCUAUUAUCAGAUUUGGUGGUAUAAAGAGUGAGACAUCACCUAAACACCUGCCUGCUACUUGUGAGUUCCUGUUUUGGAAGAUGCACCUGCUCUGUGCUUUGCUUGUUGUGUUCUCUCUUAGUGAUGGUUCCAGUCUUCACUGUCCUAGAAGAUGUAGCUGUGAUUCUGCACAGUCGGUGCAGUGCUACAGACUAACAGAGGUGCCAUCAGGCAUUCCUCCCAGCACCAAGAGGCUCUUUAUUAGCCACAGCAAAAUUCAGCACCUCCAGCUAUCGAACUUCACUGGGGUGUUGGCUCUAGAAGACUUUAUUUUGCUGGCCAGUGGAACAGAGUCAGUAGAAAAUGGUACAUUCAAAAUUCUGAAUACACUGAAGACCUUAGAACUCUGGAAAAAUAGGUUAAUAAAGGUCCCCACUGCUCUCCCAGCCACGCUUGAAGUGUUAAAACUAAAUGACAAUUCCAUAACCAUUCUACUUGGGUCAGAUUUUGAAGGGCUGAAAAAAUUAAGAAUCCUUGAACUUAAAAACAACCUGCUAUCCUGCCUCUCCCCUGGCAUGUUCUCCUCCCUCCUCAGUUUGCAGAGCUUGUCAGUGGAUGGUAACCAUGUGGAGUCUGUGGCUGGACCCCUGCCACUGCCCAACCUGCAACAUGUGAGCAUGGAGAACAAUAAGCUACACCUCAUCCCAAGCAACUUCUUUACUUCCUUGCAGUCUUUGCAAUAUGUCAGUUUCAGUGGUAACUUUCUCACGAGAAUUCCUGUUAAUCUACCCAAAUCCUUGCGAUCUUUAAAGAUGGAAAGAAACCAGCUCAAAGUAGUAAAGUUUCGGGAUUUGAAACACUUGGAGAACCUUUCCCAUCUUUACCUCUCGGAAAACUUACUGUCUUCCAUGGACGGGGCACAGAUCCUCGCCAAUUUAACUACUCUCGAGUUGUCCCAAAACCAGCUUCAAAUGUUGCCCCUCAGGCUACCAGCAAGGCUACAAAAACUUGACUGCAGCAAUAACCUGAUUCAGAGUGUCACAGCUCAAGACUUCCAGGACCUGCGAGACUUGAAACAUUUGUUUCUGGACAACAACAUCGUCAGCUUGUUUGAAGCUGGAGCCCUUCAGGGAUGUUCUCAGCUCUCCAACCUAGCCCUGGAGCAGAACCUGCUGUUGUCUAUACCUCUACGGCUCCCAGGGACCUUAGCCAGGCUGGAUCUAAAAGGCAAUGCCAUCCAGGAUAUUGCUGAACGGGACCUCAAGGAUCUCAAGCAGCUUCAGGUGCUAAACCUGAGGAACAAUAAGAUCUCUGCCUUAGACCUCAAAGCCUUGGAGGCUCUGCCUCGCCUCAGGCACCUGUACCUGGAUGGAAAUCCCUGGAAUUGUACCUGCAGUCUCCUAAGAGCAAGGGAGAUGCUGAAGGCCAAGGGCACAGAUGUGAGGGGUGGGCAGUGUGCGGCCCCAGCUGAACGACAAGGGGAGAGCUGGAUGUCUUCUAAGAAAAUCAUGAGGCAGUGUGAGCAUCACUUACACCAGGCUGAGAAAAGCAAAGAGAGCAAAAAGAAAUCGAAAGCUGAAGAUCCCUCCAGCAUCAGAAUCAACAUAGAUGAUGAUGAUGAAGAUUAUGAAAUAGAUUAAGCAUGAGCUUUGUUUACUGUUUAGAAAGCAUUUUUCAUAGUCAGUCUUUUAAGCAGAAAUAUUCUCUGUUUAUAUAUGCUAGGCCAUCUUUUUAAAGUGUAUUUUUAGGCUGUGUUUUUGUUUUUGAGAAUGCAAUGAAGAUUUAGAGAAGUUAGGUAGAGAAGAAACAUAGAAAGGAAAAAUAGUAAGAUGUGGUGUUUUUUUUUUUUUUUUUGUCAUUCUAAAACUAACUUGUGUGUUAUAAUGAUUCCUAAGCAAAUGAUAAUGCAAAAUAAAAUCACCAUAUGGCUA